UAUCUGACAGGAUGGAGGCUCUAUCUCCUAACAUUCGCUCUGUGCCUGUCUCUGCUUCUCUCGGGUCUAGAGACUACGAUCGUCAGCACCUCUCUUGUCUCCAUAACAAAUGCCUUGGGCGGAUUUGAUCAGCGAGACUGGGUCGUCGUCUCGUACCUGCUGACCUAUACCGGCUUCCUUGUCAUCUACGCCAAGUUCAGUGACAUCCUCGGGAGGAAGCUCAUGCUGCUGAUCGGCCUGGGCUUCUUUACUAUCUUUUCCAUCGUAUGCGGCUCUGUCUCGAAUAUGCUCGAGCUGAUCAUCUUUCGUGCCUUUCAGGGCAUCGGUGGUGCUGGAAUAUACGCCAUGGUAACAGUAAUCAACCCGGAGAUGGUACCCAAAGAGAAAUGGGGCACAUAUGUCUCUCUCGUCUCUCUAGUGCAGGUCUUCUCCUCUGUACUUGGCCCCAUCCUCGGCGGGGUGAUCAACGACGGCUCGUCCUGGCGCUGGGUUUUCCUACUCAAUGCACCAGCAGGUGCUAUAGCAACAGCCCUCGUGGCAUUCAUCAUGCCCACGCACUUCCCUCAUCAGGGAACCCCAGCAGCAGCCGUCCGCCUCCGUCACAAGUUCACCCGUGCCUCCCUCGCGCGCCUCGACCUCCUAGGCGCGUUCCUCCUCCUCGCCGCCUCGAUCCUCAUCGCCUUCGGCUUCGAGGAGGCCGGCACGCGCUACGCCUGGUCCAGCGCCCCAAUCAUCGCCUCCAUCGUCGUCGGUGUCAUGUCCCUACUCGCCUUCGUCGGGUGGGAGGCGCAUGUCGGACGCGACCACGUCGUGUCUGAGCCCGUGUUCCCGCUGCACCUCAUGAAGAACCGUCUCUUCAUCGGGCUGGUCCUUGCAGGCCUGUUCACCGGCCCACCAUUCAUGACGGUGCUGAUCAAUUUGCCGCAGCGGUACCAGGCCGUGAAUGGCGUCAGCGCAUUCGAGGCGGGCAUCCGCCUUCUGCCGCUCCUGCUUUUGUCGCCUGUCGCGACCGCUGUGAGCGGGGUUUUGGUAAGCAAGAUGUUCCUGCCGCCGUUCUACCUCGUGGUGACGGGCGCGGCACUACAGCUUCUCGGCGUGGGCCUUGCGAGCUCCGGGCUGGGGGGUGACGUGGCGCUUUACGGGUAUGAGGCGAUUAUGGGGUUCAGUUUCGGCAUGACGCUGGUGACGCUGGUCAUCUUUGUGCCGCUGGUCGUGAGCAGGGAGAAUAUGGCUGUCGGGAUGGCGGCUGUCACGCAGAUCCGUGUGCUUGGUGGGACGAUUGGGCUGGCGAUCAGUGCCACGGUGCUGAAUAACUACACCUCACCACGGCUCGCUCUCAUCCUCGAUGCGGAACAAUUAGCACAGGUCUCUAAUUCUGUGGCGUAUAUCAACCAGCUCCCCGAGUCGACGCGUCAGGCAGUCCGGCAGGUAUACGAUGAGGGCUACCAGGAGCAGUUCUCGGUCAUGCUUUGUUUCUGUGCUGUGACUUUCCUCUGUGCGUUGCUUACAUGGGAGAGGAAACCGAGAUCUGCU